CAGGUCAUACGAAUCGCGGCUGAUGCCAAACGAGCGCCCAUUUUCCCUCGCGAUCCAGCUCCAGUGUUCUUGAUGCGCUUCGACAGGUGCAGCAAGGAAAUUGUAUUGGAGGCAAUUUCCAGUGAUGAAUGCAUAUUUUGCGAUCAUACUGCCGGAAGAAAUCUGAAAGCUCCAGUGGCCGUGGCCGCUAGGCCUCCUGUGCAACCUGACCUGAACUGA